ACGCCGCAGCAUUGUGCGCCUCGUCGCGUUGCUAUAGCAACGGCGGGUUAUUUACUUAUCAAUCCGAAUUCGAAUCGCGAUUUUGUAAUCGCGUUGACAAACAAUUGCGGCCGGUUAAAUACGUAUUUCCCCUGAUUUCGGUAAAUCGCGUAACAGUGAACGACGAUGAAUCAGACACGCGAAAGGAAGUCGGACGACGGCGCGAAUCCGGAAUCGGAAGGGCGUCCGAAAACUGAAUGCGAGAUCGAACAAUUGGUGAAUAGCAACGCGCGGAAUGACGGUAAAGUGCUAUCGGAAAUUAGAUGUACCGAGGAGAUCUUGCGGCAAGUGCAACGCGAGUUGUGCCUGAUCAAAUUAUGCUGGUCGGAUAUCCCGAUAACGAAGGAUCCUUAUGCGCAAUCACUUCCGGAUACUUACCGGUGCGUCAACGAUAAAGAGAGGUUGCUGUUGUGGUACGCGGAAAACUUUCGUCGCCAGAUUCACGCCAAGGACGCGAAUCGUCGACCGCUCUUGCUGGCAUGAAAUGAAUGUGGUGUACAAAAAUUUACAUCUACUGGUAUCAGACGAAGUACACUGCCAUAUCCAGAGUUAUAUACAUGGAAUACAUGUGUACAGUUUAUUAGUAAUUACAUCACAUACCAGCCACUGGAUAAUAUGCUUAUGGUAAGUAGGAAAGCAAGAUAA